UAUCUAUGUUCAAAUAUUUGUAUGUUUUUACAUGUAUAUAUUAUUGGAAGAAAUAAAUGAGAGUAUUUUCACUCUCCCUCAAUUCAAUGUACACAUACAUGUAGAUGACCAGUCAUUUCUUCAUGAAAAAAUUGGUAUGAUCACACUGCAUAAUGGGCAUUUCUGAACAGAAAGAUACCUGACAUACGUGUAGACCCUUCAUGAAUUAUAAAUUCUGAGAAUAUUAACAACUAGAAACCACCUAUUCUAACCUGUAAAAGCGCUAUCCUAACCCUUCCAUUAAACUUCUUUCAAAAUGAUUUCUCAGAGCAAUCACAUAUCAGAGCUUUAGCUUCCAUCACUCAGCAUCCAACAUUCGUCAUAAUACUCUACUUGGACAAAAUACUAGGAUUUCACCUUUCAGAUGCCAAGCUGAAAUAAUAUCAUCUAUUGUCUAUUAGAAAUUCUUUGAAAUUCAACUUUGCAUAAUAUGAAAUCAACCGCAACCCUGUCAUCUUUUGCCAUUUUUUUUGUUAUUCCAUUUGAUGAAUCAACCCUCUCUUCUUCUUCUCCUAGGUAACACAUUGAAGAGAGAAUUGGAAGGGAUCAAUCAGAUCAUUCAGAUUUUGGCAAGGUACUAUCUGCAGAUGAAACAACCAACACCACAAGUUCCUCAUCAACAUCUCUAAUGGACAAAUAGUAGCAAGAUUGGCAGAAAGAAACAAGAACUCUCAUUAUUCUAGCUUGGCAACGCACAUACAAGUUGAUGGGACUACACGAGAUCAAUUUGCACCGUACCAUCGAGAACUGGGGUAAUGCUGUCAAUAUGCCAGAGGAGGUUGGGAUAUCAUUUUGUUGAUGAAAAUGUCAUGGAUACAUAUAUUUGGAUAAUCAACAGUCUGUGAGUCUCCAUUUGAUGAAAUGUGAUGGCCAAUGUGUGACUACAACAUCAGAUUUCCAAAAGGUCUAUUCUUAACAUCAGGUUCUUGACAAAGAGGGAGAUUCAUAAGCAUGAAAUAAGGAGUCUAUUCAUUGAACUUCAUGAAAAUCAUCUGGAUCGAUUAAUGCAAAACUUCAGUUUGCAUAGUGAGUCUCGCUAUAUGACAUACCAGCCAAGAAGCAUUGAAAGAUCAUUUCACACUAGAUGGACAUCCUCACUGAGAAAGAGUGCCUCCACCACCACCACCGAUCAUUUCCAACCAAGUCAUCUUAGCCAACUUCAUACUGCAAGAUCGGAGACUCUGAGUAAAGCAACACUGUGACUUGUUUCAUACCUCACAGGAAAAUUUACCAUACAGCAGGGAGAACCACAGCAGCAAUGGAGCUACCGAUUGCAUCCCUCCUCCUGCUAUUGAUCGCCUUUGAAGCGGUUGCCGCGGUCACCUACUGCCCGCCGCUCUGGACACACUACCAGUUUGACCACGGGAUAUUCUGCUAUCGUUUCUUCGGUAAGCGCGUGAAGUGGUCCGAGGCGGAGGUAACGUGCGCAGGGUACUCCUCCUGCAAGGGGGAGGAGAUGGCUCACAUAGUUUCCAUGACGUCGCCGGAGGAGGAGAUGUUCAUCACAGAGUUAAGGCAGAGCAUCACUGGAAUGUUUGGUGGAGGCGACCCAGGGAUGUGGAUAGGUCUGUCAGACCGAGGCCACGAGGGCCAGUGGAGUUGGCUGGACAAAUCACCCGUCAACUACACCAACUGGCACAGGGGCGAACCCAGCGACUCCGCCCAAAUGGAAAACUGUGCCCGUCAGAUUGUCCCCAUGAUGGGCGUGGCGGUCUGGGUGGAUUCUUCGUGCCACGAGAGACAUCCCUUUGUGUGUAAGAUGCCUGCACAAUAAUCUCUUAAUAAACAAGAUCAGCAAGAUAUUAUUUCAUAAGAUUUCACUUGGAAGCAAUAUAGUCACUAAUAUUUAUUCCACAUUGCAUAGUAAGCAUGUCUAUAUCCAGAGAGUGAGAGGGAAGUAACCUUGCCUAAAUUUGGGAUUGUACCAGACAAUACAAGGGGAAGACUGGACACUUCAGCGAUUUUUAUAAACACUAUAUUUCGCUCAUGGGGAAGGACGUCCAACAGCGAUGAGUAAACCUUUGCACAUCAGCACUUGGCUGUGUAUAAAACAUACGGAGAAAAUGAGAGCGGGUGUUUGGGAGAGGCCACAGGGGUGGCACAUGUGGAUAAUUCCAGCUUUUCUUUCCCAGAAACCUCAAAGAUAUUCUCAUCUCUGAUUUUAGAAGAAGAAAAAAAUGGAAAAAAAAUCUAAAAUAUAAAAAUCGUCUAUUUCUACACCCCUCUACUAUUUCUCUCGUAUGUAUUGUACACAACCCCAAAUGGCAAUGCGCAACGAUAAUACUCGGGCGCUAUUUCCGAGCAUUUCAUUACGCGCUCUAUUGAGUGUCCAAUCUUCCCUUUAAAGUCUUUGAUUGUAGUAUUGUACCCAUAUAUUUCUUAUAGGGUGUUGCAAGAAACUUUCAAUUGAUUGCAAGUCAAAGUUAUUUCCUUAAAUCAAUCACAAAUUUUUUUAAUAAAUUGAACAUUUUCAAUUGAUUGACGGUCUGCUUCUUGCUUUAAGAAAUACAAAUUUAUCUGCUCAAUUUAAAAUUGAUCUA